CUGAGGCAGGUCUGAGUCGUGACAGAGGGCUGACAUGUUUAAAAGCCCGCCAGUCACCAGCACUCCAGAGUGUAGGGAGGAGCUCAGAGAUCACUCCUGUGUAACUAUCAAGACAGAUAAAGACAGUACCACCGAAGAUGAUGGUGAAGACGACCCUGCUGGUGGUGGUGUGGGCGGCGUGCUUCCUGCCGGUCCACGUCAGAGGGGGCUUCUGGCCCUCCUCCAGCGACUAUGUUGAUUAUCUCGUGGCUAAGACUUGCUACGGCCCGGACGUCGCCGUGUUCCUGGAGAAUAUCGGACGGGAGGUCGGUCUGAAGUGCUGGAUGGAGCAAUGGGAUCAAUGGUACGGCUGGUCAGCACCUCAAGCACAACAGAGGAGGAAAAAACGGAACAUCCUCAAGAUGCCCGUAUCCCCCACUGACAGUCUGCUCGAGUGUAACCUCAGAGGCCUCAAAUUGCUGAACCCAGAAACUUCUCAGAUGGAUUACGAGGUGGUAGAGGACUGGAUUGCCGAGUUCAUCACUGAUCCUGAACUUCGCGCCGGCUUGCUGGAGAAAUCCGAAGAAUGUCGCAGCCUUGAUAUCCCCAUGUCGAACUUUGGCUUAAAGGAGCCCUACGACCCAGUGAUAAAGGGCCUGUUGGCCUUCAAGACCUACACUGAUUGUAUGAACGUUGGGGGAAUGGCUCUGUGUAUGAAGAAGGAGAGUAAGUUGGUGAAGGAGAAGCUGAAGUCCUUGUAGACUGUUGUUCUCCUUCAGGUGAGGUGAAGGUCACAAAGCUAUGGUCAGGUCCUCGUCGAGUUCUGUUACGUCACACACUACAGCCGAGGCGAGAUCGUUAACCUGUAAUACCUCUUUUGGUUCUGUCUUGUUUCUCCCUUCAGUGUUCGUGGUGAGUGAGACACUGUAAGCUGGUCCAUCAUUCAUUGUUUCACAUCUGGAAAUCACAAUUACAUUUCUUUAAAGUGCACACUCACUGUAGCAGCAACACAUACGACGUUUCCAAUUGAUUUAUAAUAUUAGCUUAGUAGUAUUUCAUAUUAUUCAAGUAUGUUAAAAUUAUAGCAUUGGCACGAAUAAAGAAUAUGUCAGUA